AGUAAAUAUAAAAGAGAGUGGUCUAGCAAGAGUGAUUAGACCCCUACUUCCUUGUAUUACAUCUGUCAUCAAAUUGUCAUUGAAUUCACUGUUGCUUUAUAUUAUAUAGCAUACACCACUUGCUUAGCUGCACUAUGCCGGCCAUAACUCACCCCGAAUUCAACACCAGCACUGAAGGCCUCGAAGUUGCAAAGGCUUUCAGUGAGGGUAUUCGUGGAAAGACGGUUCUCGUAACAGGCUGUAACCCAGGCGGUAUUGGGUAUACCACAUGCCAGGCAUUCGCAUCACAAGAUCCAUCUCACCUUAUCAUCGCUGGCCGUACGCCUUCCAAGAUUGACGAAUGCAUUGACCGGCUCAAGGCGCAAUACCCUACUGUAGACUACCGCCCUCUCAUCGUUAAUCUGUCUAGCCAGAAGUCCGUCCGAGCUGCUGCCGCUAAUCUUCUGUCUUGGAAUGAUGUUCCUACUAUUAACAUCAUUGUCAACAGUGCUGGCGUCAUGGGAAUCGCGGAACGCACUCUUAGUGAGGACGGCAUUGAAAUGCAUUUUGCUACGAAUCACAUCGGACACUGGCUACUCACGUGUUCCCUCAUGCCCAAGCUCAUCAAGGCUGCCGAGAAGAACCCCAAGGGAGCCACGCGAGUAGUCAACGUCUCAUCCGCAUCGCCUCAGCUAUGCACCAUGCGUUGGAGCGACAUGAACUUCGAAAAGCUGAACAAGGACCUACCUGAAGAAGAGCAACCAAACUACGAAAUGAUGGACCUGUGGGGCUACAAAGAUGUGCCAACUAAGUCGUACAUCGGCCUUGAAGGCUACAACGUAAGCAAGGUCGCAAAUGUGCUGUCCAGCGUUGCGGCAAACGGGCGCUUGUACGAUAAAUACGGCAUUCUCACCUUAGCCGUCCACCCAGGUGUUAUAAACACAGAGCUAGCCCGCAACUUCCCGCCAGAGAUUCUUGCGGCUAUUACGGCUUUGCUGGACUCAGGCGCCUACGCUGUCAAAUCAUUGGGUGCUGGAGCGUCAACUAGUUUAGUUGCAGCGCUAGACCCAAAACUAGGGCCAGGAGAAACAGUAGAUUGCAAAGAGAAUUACGGUGUAUAUUUGGAUGACUGUCAAAUCUCGGACAAAGCUCGACCUGGUUCAGUAUCGAGCUCUGCAGCCGAGAAGCUCUGGAAGCUGUCUGAGGAGCUAGUCAGGGAGAAGUUUCAGUGGUAAACAGCAUGUGCACCAGUUUUCAACAUUUGAUUUGCCUAGGUAUUGCCUUGUGUAUGCUUUCUGAGACGACUUGUAAACAAACCAUUCUCCAGAAAAAGGAGAAGAGCAGAGAUGGAGAAUGCAGACAGACAGGACAAGAAUUGGCUUAGAUGGGAGAUAAAUAAUAAAAAGCAAAUGCAUCA